ACUGGGCAGCCCAUCUGGUAUUUGCUUCUGAAGAUCCCAGCAUUCUCCCCAAGAAGUGAGUUGUGACUCUAGCCCAUUGAAAACUGUAUAUGAAGCAUCACUUAUCUCAUGGACUUUCAACAUGUGGAACCUAAUGCUUAUGUCUGUACAUUUUACAGUUUGAUCUGUCAAAGAAGCACAGCGUUACAUUUUGUAUUUAUAAAUAUAUUUGAUUAACAAAGUUAAAUAAUAUAUGUAAUAUAGCACCAUCUCUGCCUUUCCAGUUGCACUGCCUUAGACUUCUACAUAACUGCAUAUGCAAUAAUGCUUUAAACACAGUACAACUGCCAAUGCUGCCUAUUUUUCUGCUUGUCUCUAUGGCUAUUUUGGGGGCUACCACUAUUUUUGGAAUUGUCACAAACCUUAUCAUUGUAAUUGUGAAUCUUAAUGAUAAAGUAAGGGGGAAAAGUCUUAACCCGUCGGACCUGAUCCUUGUCACAUUAGGCCUAUCAAACAUGACUUUCCAGUUCAGCAUGACAGCAAAUGACUUCUUGAGCAUUUUGUGGAGUGACCUUUACUUUUCCGAUGCAGUUUAUACAGCUUUCAUAACCUUACUGCUUUUUCCCAUCUUCUCCAGCUUUUGGUUUACUGUAUGUCUAUGUGUCUACUACUGCUUGCAGAUUGUCAUAUUCACCCAUCCCUUUCUUGUUCAUCUAAAGCUUACAAUCUCUCAACUUGUACCAUAUUUUCUUGGGGUUUCUGUCUUUAUUUCUGUGGUUAUCAGUAUUCCGGGAAUAUGGAGCACCUACAGGGACCCCCCUAAUUCAAAUUUUUCAAGGAAUCAAAGUGUGGAAAUUGAGCUACCCAAGUUGAGCUUCACUUACCUGUUUUACAGUAAUAUUAUUGGAUGUUCACUUCCCCUGGUGCUUGUUGGGAUUUCCAAUUGUCUAAUCCUUAAAUCACUCAUAAGUAAGAGAACCAUGCUAGAGAAAAACAAGGGUGAUGUCCAGAGCCCCCGAACAGUGGCCAGAGAGAGAGCAGCAAGGACUGUUGGUUUCCUAUUGCUACUAUACAUGUCCUUCUAUAUCUCUGAAAUUUUUAUGUUUGUUGACUUUUUUCCACCUGGUAGCCCUGGAUUUUGUACCUGCUUAAUGGUUAUUUAUAGCUAUUCACCUGCACAAUCCAUGAUUCUUAUAUUUGGUAGUCCCAAACUAAAGAAAGCAUUGCUUAACCUUCUCCAUAUUUCUAAGAGAUGCCGCAUGGAGCCGAUGGAGAAUCUCUCAGUCAGCUUUUAAUUCUAUAAAACUAUAAACAACACAGAAGCUAAUGGCAUCUGUAGUUCCUGCUGUGGCUUCUCUUGCAAGAUGUAGAUAAACCUAAUGUCAUCAGGUCUCUAUAUUUCUCACUGAGACUGAGGACGCUGAAAAUAAUCUAGUAGUUUGCAGUUAUAUAACUGUUUUCGUCUAAAUUGUCUAUGUAAAAUAUACUGUCUUAUAGAGAUUUUAAAAUGGUUGGAAAUGGUCUAUUGAUUAAAGAUAGUUAAGUCAAACCAUAGAAUAAAAAUAAAA